AUGUGCCAAAUCAACAAGCAAAUUCGAGAGGAGUUCUUUCAGGAGUAUCUCCCGAUGAUUCCCUGGAGCGUCGAAAAGUCACGCGAAGGCUUGGCAGCCUUCCGUUCCUGGGUCAAGCUCCUGGGUCCUUACGCCUGCCACCUGCGGCGUUUCAAGUUGACCUGUGGUAGAGGCUGCGCUUUCAAAGUCAGUCUCGUCCCUGGAGAGCAGUGUGGAUAUGCGCACCACUGCGAAUACAUGUCGCUCCUACUCCAGGAUCCGGAUGGAGAGUUCGACUACCUGGAUCCUGACUGGGCCACUGACUACAUCGAGAACCAAGUUGUCACCCCCCUGGUCAAGAGGAUUGAGCAAGGCACCCUGCGGGGCAAAGAUGUGGUCGCCGCUUUGGACUGGAUCUUCGUGGAUGUUCCUAUUCUAUUCGAUCUCUGUUGGUACGACUACGAGGAGUGA